CUCCGCACACCAGUGUGACAUGAAAGGUGUGCAGAGAGAUGGCUGGAUUUCUGCUCUAGAAGAACUCACAGGGAACACAAGGAUGAGGAGAUCAGGAGGAGUCAUCAGUUCUGAGGACAUCAGGAGGUUCCGCCAACAGCUGUCUUCUUAUUCUGACUCAUCUCUGAGGAGGAUAUACGAGUAUUUCAGAGAUGACCUGACCCACAUUCUGGAGAACUUGGACCCCCAUGCCCUGCUGGUAGAACUCAAGUCUCGGGAUGUCUUGAAUACAAAAGAAUACGUGUCAUGGGAAGGAAGAGCAGACGCUUCCUCCAUCUCUAACGAAGUGUUGCAAGAUAUUCAGGAUCGGGGGAGAGAAGCUGUGAUUGGACUCUGGGAAUGUCUGUACGCACUACAGAAAGAUCAUCCUCAUCCCAAUUUAUUGGCGGUUCUGGAUGAGAUCAGCAGGACAGGCUCGCAUCUGGUGGAGCUGAUCCUGCUGGAUGACCAUGGACACACACUGGCUCCGGAGCUGAGAGAAAUUCGGAUGAAGCACAAACAACAUCUGAUGGAGAAAACGGAGACUCUAGUGGAGCAUAGACCCCCAGGAUGUACCGUGGAACCACAAAGAUCCCUCAUCAAUGAGCGUUAUGUGAACCUGAUUGUAGUCUCCACCGACCAGUUCAGGCAACGUCCCCAGAAUGAGCUAAUACAGACCGGGGUGAGACAUGAGGAAUGUUUGAAGAAAACACAAUCUGGACUGGAACACAUUUCCCCCAACAGGCUGUUCCGCUGGAGCCACCAGUCACAAUGUGCACCACAUGCAGUAAUGGUGAGCGGAGUACCAGGAAUAGGGAAGACCACACUGAUACAGAAGUUUGUCUAUGACUGGGUGACCGGAAAACACUACCAGAGAUUUGCCUUUGUCUUCUCCUUCAGAUUCCGGGACCUUAAUAGACUGGGAGAGGUCAGCUUGGAGGAGAUGAUUCUUCAACAAUAUCCGUAUCUGAGGAGUCAUAUUGGAGAUAUUUUACAUCAUCCAGAGAGACUUCUGUUUCUAUUUGAUGGCUUAGAUGAAAGUGUUCACCAGUUGAAUCUAAAAUCAAAUAAACUUUGCACUGAUUCAAAACAGAGAACAGAUUUUGGUGAGAUUGUGGCCAGUUUGGUGAGGCAGAGUCUUCUUAAGGGUUGCUCUUUACUGAUAACCAGCCGUCCAACCAGACUGGCCUCAGUUGAUACUGGUGUCUUCCAGAGAAUAGCUGAGAUCAUGGGAUUUCUCCAUGAAGACAGACGGACCUUUUUUAAAAAUUUCUUUGGAAAUGAGGAAUUAUCAGGAAAGGCUUUUCAUUAUGUGAAGGAGAAUGACACGCUGUACACUUUCUGUUAUAUCCCAUCAUACUGCUGGAUCAUCUGUACUGUGUUAUCAAUGUGCUUCAGAGCCCAACCAACAAUCACUGAUCAGCUGAUGACAUCAUUGCCCAAAACAGUGACACAACUCUUUGUGACUUUUGUCUCCAACAUUCUGGCCAAUCACAACCAGAAUAAAGAUGAUGUUCACACUGCCCGGGAACUGCUGACGUCUAUUGGGUGGAUGGCAGAACAUGGAGUCAUGAAUCGCACUAUUGUAUUUGAUAAACGUCAUCUGGACUCAUUCAGUGUGAGAAAUGAUAAACAUCUCUUUUCAUGUUGCAUGAUGGAAUCUGGUCAGCCUCCUGAUGUGGAUUACACCUUCUUACAUCUCACUCUUCAGGAGUUUUUUGCUGCUUUAGUCCAUUUCAUUCACUAUAAUCCGGACAGAUUACAGAAAACACUUGAUGAAGCUGAAUCUCACAAUGAUGGCCGUGCUGAAAUAUUUCUCCGUUACCUCUGCGGUCUCUCAGACUCUUCUACUAGAUCCAUGUUAAAGUCUCAUGUGGGAGAGUUGUCUACUCAGACGGCCAGAUAUGUCAUCACCUGGAUUCAGCAGAAGAUUGCAGAAGAACAAAAACCCGAAAAAUCCAGAGAACAUGGGCGAGAGCUUCUUAAUAUAUUUUACUGCCUCCAUGAGAGCAGGAAUACGGCUCUGGUGUCACAAUGUGUUGGAUCAAACCAAGUUGACUUUUCUGAUGUCACCCUCAACCCCCUGGAUUGCUCUGUGUUGUCUUCUGUCCUUCAGUCCUGCAGGAAGACAGAAGAAGUAAAGCUAAGUUCAUGUAAUAUUCAGAAUGAAGGAUUGAGGAAACUUGUACCGGCUCUACUCCGCAUCAGGAAUUUGAGGUAAAGAUUCCUCUGGGUAUUUUAAUGGCUGUGUUAAAUGGG